UGCUUCGCUCAGCAGCGAGAGGAAGAGAGAAGGAGAAGAGAUGUAUCGGGAUCCGCCGGUGAGGACGUCCCACAGCUCCACGGCGGACCUACUCACGUGGCCGGAGAAGCCGCCGGCGGAGCGCCCCGAAGCUCCUGCCUCCCGCAGGAGCCUCAAGCCGGCGGACAGGAUUAGCCCCGCGAUGUUCGGCGCGCCGGUGACCGAGGAGGAGGAGGCCGAGAUCCUGAACCGGAGAAAGCCCUGCUCGGACCUAAAACUGCAAGAGAUGAACGGAAGUGGCAUCUUUACAGCUGACGAACAAAAUGGUGCGUCAGAAACAGAAGGCGUCAUUCCUCAGCAAGCGGUUGGUGUAAUCAGCCAAAUCUCGUUUGGCACCCAAGGGAUCGAGCCUCCGAGAAAGCCCACCUCGAUCGCAGAGAUAGCGAAGCAGCGGGAGCUGAGUGGGACAGCGGAGAGCGAGCUAGAGGCCAAAGUCAGGAAGCAGCUCUCGGAAGCAAAGUGCAGAGAGCUCGGUGGGAACGACAUCUUCGGACCUCCUCCCGAGGCUCCGCCCAGGCAUACAACUGCACGGAACUUGGAGCUGAGAAGUAACAUCGGCUUCGGAUCGCCGCAGCCACGCGGCCAUGUGAGUUUGAUGCCGGUCGCAUUCGACGAAGAAAAAGUCAGCAGUACAGCCAAGAAAAUUUACAGUCGGAAGAUCCAAGAGCUGGCCGGGAACGACAUUUUUAGAGGAGAUUCGCUGCAUUGGUCUGCUGAGAAGCAACUAAGCACGGCAAAGCUGAAGGAGAUGAGCGGCAGCAAUAUCUUCGCAAAUGGGAAUGGGAAGACUGUAACCAGGGACUACUUGGGUGGCGUCCGUAAGCCCCCCGGCGGCGGAAGCAGCUUCGCGUUUGCUUAAGCGUUCCGACCUGCUCAUAUUAGCAUAUGAACCGUUGUGCUGUCUGUGAAAAUGGGCUGUGCACAGGCCGAACACUUGCUGUGAUGUCUUCACUUACCGAGAGUGAUGGAUAAGUGGAUUGCCACAUGACUUUGGUUGUGAGCGUUUUCAUGUAAAGAACAUGUUGUUUCUGCCUUGUA